AUGGGGAAUUGUUCUUCUUGUCUUGGGCUGGAGCGCAAUCGAGAUUUAUCGGAUGAGGACGAAAGUCAGAGAUUACUUUUUGAUGACGCCCCUCAUUAUGGCAGUUUCGGAGAUCAAGAUCCAAAUACUAUCCAAGCAGAUCAAGAAGUUCAAAGGGAGACGGAGGCCUUACAAAAGGUCGUAGCGCAGACGUCCAACCAUCUUGUCGAUAUCUUCGCUAUGGUCCCUCAAAACAUCCCUCGCGCGCCCGUCACCAUGUUCACUGGUCAAAAUGCAAGACUAUUGCGGUAUCAAGAUGUUGUAGCCAAGAUGCCAACAUUGGUCGAAUCGAGCAAUACAAAACAAACCCCCGUCGGAGCUACCCACCCAAUGUCCGAUGGUUGGACCUCGGAUGAUGAAGAUGUAGAGGAAAUGCAGAAGGAAAUGCAGAAGUACAAGCCAGUCAAAUCAGAAGACGUAGGACCAUUAUUGGGAGGGUUCGCAGAUGCAGAGUCGGCCAUGGAGUAG